AAGUUGGCCCCUGGUUUUGCCCAUUUAUUUUUAAUGAUAAAAAUGGACUUGUAUAUAUAAAUCCCAUGUUCCAUUCUCCUACUGUUUCCAUGAAAACCAGCUCUUCUAAACUUCGCCUUUAUAUAAUUUCACUUCUUCUCGUUCAUGAUUUUAGAACUACCCAUCUUCACCACUUUCCAAUCUUUGUCCUUCUUUAUUUUUUUUUUUUUUGUUGCGAAAAUCUGUUUUACAUAUUGGGUUUGAGUUCAUUGUUUGAACUUAUUUAUGGUUACCAGCCUGAAAGUCUAAAUCAACCUUUCAUUUUCUUUCUAAAGAGUUACAAUUUUUCUUGGUGGGUUAACUUAAUUUGUAUUUAAAUCUGCGUAGUUUUUGUUGGGUUUAAACGAUCUUGUCCAUUUUUUUUAAGUACAUAGCUAAUUGAAACUUACCCAGUUUACAAAGGUUUAAUCUUUUUAAUUUUUUCUUUUGGGUACAAAUUUUGAUACUUUUUGGUUGUUCCUUUUUCUUUUUGGAGAGCGAGUCGCUGUUGUGUCAAUAAUCAAUGACAACUGAAACGGUAGUUGAACCAAGAAGAAACCCUGUUGGUCAUGUACAUAAGGUUGGAUAUGCCAACAGGGUUAUCAAGAAGAGAAAAAUCAAAAGAAGAGUUACUAAGCGUUUUGAAUCUAAAGCUCCAAUGGCAUUGCAAGAACUGUAUUUGUCAUGCAAAGAAGUGUUUAAAGGCCCUGGCACUGUUCCUUUGCCUCGUGAUGUGGAGAGAUUAUGCCAUUUACUUGACAAGAUGAAGCCAGAAGAUGUUGGGCUAAGCAGUGCGCUGCAGUUCUUUCAGCCUAAAACUGCUGUCAAAUGUACUCCAAGGGUCACUACCACAACCAUAUACAAGUGCGAUAAGUUUUCGUUGUGUAUCUUCUUUCUUCCUGCAACUGCUGUUAUCCCACUCCAUAAUCAUCCAGGGAUGACAGUUUUUAGCAAGCUUUUGUUAGGAACAAUGCACAUCAAAUCAUAUGAUUGGGUUAGUCCUCCAAGUGCUGAUGAGCCUGUGCAGCCUUCUAAUCUGAGACUGGCAAAAUUGGUGACGGAAAGUGUCUUUGAAGCUCCUUGCAACACUUCUGUGUUAUAUCCAACAACAGGAGGCAAUAUCCAUCAAUUCACAGCCAUUACACCUUGUGCAGUUCUUGAUGUUCUUGGACCUCCCUAUUCUAAGGAAGACGGUCGAGACUGCUCACACUACAAAGAUCAUCCUUGUAGUGCCAUAUCAAAUGGAGAAAUGAAGUUGACAGAAGAGGAGGGCAACAGUUAUGGAUGGUUGGAAGAGAUUGAGAUGCCAGAGAACUCACAGAUGGAUGGCAUUAGGUACUUAGGUCCACAAAUUGUGGAGAGUAGAGACUAGUUGCUAGCAAGCUGUAUGAUAGUCGCCUUCAAAGAAAGUUAUCUUUUCUUUUUUAAUGUUUUUCUUUUUUAAUUAUAGGUAUUUCCCUUUUAAAAUCAUAAACAAACAUGUGUUCACUGUUCAUAUUACAAACUUUUGUCGUCUUUCUUCUCAAGUUGCCAAAUUGAUAUUGCUAAACAAGGGGUAUACAGUUUGCUUUGCUUCUUCUGCAAA